CUUCGCAACCCAAUUUCAGUACAAUGCAUCGAAUUUUAGAAUUUUAUUCUGGUAUUGGUGGCAUGCACUAUGCAUUUAAAGAAUCUGGCAUUAUAGGUGAAGUCGUUGCUGCAUUUGAUAUUAAUACAACGGCGAAUAUUAUAUAUAGACAUAAUUUUGAAAAAAAUGUAACGUCUUCGAUAGUUCAUCAGCGAAACAUAGAAUCAAUACCAUUAGAAUACUAUGAUUCUUAUAAAGCAAACAUAUGGUUAAUGUCUCCACCAUGUCAACCAUACACACGAACAGGACUACUUCGAGGAUCCAAAGAUAUUCGUUCAAAAUCUUUUAUUUAUCUGCUUGAUCUAUUGGCUAAAAUGAAAAAUCCUCCGACUUAUAUAUUAAUAGAAAAUGUUAAAGGGUUUGAGGAAUCAGAGACUCGAACGACUUUGAUAAAACAAUUAAUUAAUUGUAAUUACAAUUAUCAAGAAUUUUUUAUUACACCAUUACAAUUAGGAAUUCCUAACUCAAGAUUAAGAUAUUAUAUGCUAGCAAAAAAACAACCAUUAGUAUUCAAAAAUUCAGAAAAUUCUAAAAUAUUGAAUUAUAUUCCUUGUUCAUUAUAUGAUCAAGAUUUUAUUUUACUUAAAUAUGGAAAAUUAUUUGACAUAGUACAACCAUCAUCAAUUAGAAGUUGUUGCUUUACGAAAGGUUAUUAUCAUUAUGUGGAAGCUACUGGUUCUAUUUUGCAAAUGAAUGAAGAAUUAGAUGCAUUUCAAUUAUUUAGGCAACAAUUAUCAAACAAUGACAUGUUGGCAUCACUAUCCUUAUUAAAACUUAGAUACUUUACUGAACAAGAAAUUUCAAAAAUUAUGGGAUUCCCAGAAGAGUUCUUAUUCCCAGAUAAAAUUACAUUAAAACAAAGAUAUAGAGUUUUAGGAAAUAGUAUAAACGUUAAAGUUGUUUCGGAAUUAAUAAA